AUGGCACAAAUGAUCACCGUGCCCCUGGACUACUACAAGCUGCUGGGCGUGUCGCGCGCCUCGCCGCCCCCGUCCAUCCAGCGCGCCGUCGAGGACGUGCUCGCUGCCCCCCUGGAGCCCGAGGCCCCCUACACGCUGUCGAUCCUCGAACAGCGCUCCGCCAUCAUCCAGGACGCCGCCCGCACGCUGCUGGACCCAGCGCGGCGCUCCCUGUACGACAAGGGCCUCCGCGCGCGCAAGGACGCGAACACCGAAGUGCCCCUCUCCCAGCUGGCGGGCGCGCUGUGCCUCCUGCACGAGAUCGGGCAGCUCGAGGCGGCCGUCGACGUCGGGGAAGCCUACCUCCGCGGCGCCUCGGGCUUCUCCAGCGCCACGAAGGACAUCGCGCUGGUGACGGCGAUCGCGCGGUGCGACCUGGCGGCGGCGAUCCUGGAGUCCGAGAGCGCGCGGUCGCUCGAGGACGGCUACGAGGAGCUGGAGUUGGCGCUGCGGCUGUUGCAGAAGUACGCGCUGGCCAAGGAUGUGCAGGCGGAGGUGGCGGUGGCGCUGGCGGGGAUGGCGGCGGAGUACGCGCUCGAGAUGGUGAAGCGGCCGCUGGAGGAGGCCGCGGAGCGCGCGCGGGGCGUGGAGAUUCUGAAGCGCGUGCUGUGGGGGCGCCCGCUGCCGCUGGGGGUGCCGGCGGUGCUCGCCGCGGAGGACCGCCGCGCGUACCUGGCCGAGCUGCAGGGCCUCCUCACGGCCUCGGAGCAGGUCGCGAUCUUCGACGCGGCGCCCGGCGGCGCGGCGGACGCCCAGGACAAGUACGACGCCGCGCUGGCGCUGGUCGGACUGGGCCUGAUGGAGGCCAAGCCGGGGCACAUCGCGCGCGCGAACCGGCUGCUGCAGGCCGUCGCCAAGCACGACAUCGACGAGGGCAACAAGGCGACGGUGGUGCUCGAGCUGGCGGUGUGCGAGCUGCUCCUGGGCGACACGGGCGCGGCGCUGGCGUACCUCGGCCUGGAGGACCCGGCGCUGGCGCACUCGCGCGGCAUCGCGGGCAUCGGCGAGGACGCGUCGGCGACGGACUUCGUGGUGUCGAACUCGCCGGACGGGUCGUACGAGGGGUCGACGGGCGAGCUGUACCUCGAGGGCAUCUGCGCGCUGGGGCAGGAGUGGGUGAACAACACGUUGAUUCCUGGGCUGCCCGAGAUGCGCGGGUGCGACUUCACGUUGGAGGAGUGGUUCGAGGAGCCCGGGGUGGCGGCGCAGCUGACGGCGCUGGAGCGGACGCGGUGGCUCGGGAUCGACUCGGCGGCGGCGGGGCUCGCGGACGGCGUGCGGCGGGCGGCGUCGGGGGCGGCGGCGGCGGGGGGCGGCCGUGUUUGGGGCGGUGGCCGGGGGCGCGCGCGGGCUCGGCGGCGGGCGGGGCGCGCCGCUGGGCGCGGAGAGCUCGAACGGGAGGGGCGCGGCGUUGGCGCCGAGCGGCGCGGCGUGGUCGGACGCGCCCGCCGGCAGGGGGGGCGUGAUGAGCGCGGUGCGGGCGGCGGGGCCGCGGACGGUGGGCGCGGCGGCGCUCGGGGCGCUCGCGCUGCUCGCGGUGGCCAGCGUCGUGCGGUCGCGGCCGGGCGCGGGCGGCGCGGCGCCGCUCCCGCUGGCACGCGUGCGCGCGGCCCCCGCGCCCGAGAUGAGCGUGACGGUCGCGGAGGCGGUGGUGCGGCAGUGGCAGACAGUCAAGGCGCGCGCUCUCGGGAAGGAGCACGACACCGCGGCGCUCUCGGAGGUCCUCGCCGGGCGGAUGUUGCAGCAGUGGAAGGCGCGCGCCGCCGACGUGCAGCACCAGGGGUGGUACUGGGAGUACGCGCUCGGCUCGCUCUCGAUCGACUCGGUCGAGGUGUCCGAGGACGGGGAGCGCGCGAUCGUGGAGGCGACGCUCGAGGAGAGUGCGCGGCUGAUUGA